AUGGAACAGCCCAUUCUCGAGCCGGAAAGCGGCGCAAGUCCAGUUACCGGCUCAAAUUCUGGUGCUGAGGUUGUCAAACGUCCGGGCCGCGAUGGAAAAGUUGUAUCAGAAAGUGAAGCUCUCUUCGCCGAAGCGCAUGUGAUUGAAGUGACGGCGAAUCCUUCGACCGGCCGGCCUCGUCGGACUCGCGGAACUGUGAUUGGUUCGUGCUGCCCGUACUGCGACUUCACCGCCAAUCUGCCCGCUAUCCUGCUCGCGCAUUUGAAGGACGACCAUCCGGGCCUCAAAGUGCCAAAGCCCGAGCUCAUCGAGCUGGACGACCAAUCCUCUAUCCAGAAGUCCCAGCACGGUAUAAAAAAUACAACCGGUGUCGAUAAUGAGGCGCUGGCUCGGGUUGGACACGACAAAGAAUUGGACCAGAAAGCCGUCAGCAUGCUCGCCGAGGCCGACGCUCCGGGAAUUGAAAAAACCGCCGAACUUGACGAUACUGUCUACAUCCCGGAGGUCUUUGUCCAUGAGGCCGACAUAACGGCGACAAAUGAGGUGGUCAUCGACGAAUAUAUGAAGAUUGAUCAACUACAUCUCAACGUGGAUGAGCCCUCCGGAUCCGAAUUUGGCCUCAUCGGCGUCGGCAUCUUCGACGAUGGACGAUACGAAGAUAAGGAAAUCCUUCAAGCGGUCCAGAAGCAGUUCAAGCCAUCUCAUCUCGGUCCCUUGGGCGAUCCAAAUGGACGCUAUCCCUGCUAUAUACAACGGUGCAAAUGGCGUGGCAGGUACCGACAGGCCAGAUCCACCCACAUGCGUAACGUGCACCCGGACUGGAUCAGACCGCCCCAAUUUGUGCUGGAUCGGAUCUCCCGUGACGGCACGCUGCUCCCCGCCAAUUCUCCGACUGCCAGAUACUCGUGCUAUAUCGAGGGAUGCCCGUGGAAGGGCCAGUAUCGCGCGAGCCGCACAAAUCACAUGAAGUCACAGCACGCGGGCUGGAUCCCGAGAAGAACUCGCGCUCCGAAUGGCGGCCACGUCCAGGGCGCGCAGUACGCUUGCCACGUCAUUGGCUGCCCAUGGCGAGGCAAGAGCCGCUCGACGCGUGCCGGACACUUGAAGCGCGUCCAUCCGGGCUUCCUCAAUCCGAAGGCCACGCAGAAAAUUCUCCACUGCGAGGAGUGUAACAAUGUCGUCAGCACGCACAAGUGCUUCGUCGACCACAUGGUCACGCGCCACCGGAUCGGCGGCAUCGUGCAGCGCGAGUUGACCAAGGAGGACGAUUAUGAGAGCUGGUUCCACGCCGUCCAGGAGUCGUUCAGCAUCGAUUUCGUCAAGAAGACUGGCAUGAGAACUAUUCAGGAUCUGCAGGUUCUGUACCUGUACUGCUCGCGCUCGGGCGGCCACUGGCCGGACAGGAACCUCGUGCCGCAUUGUGUCGCCGGGUAUCAGCCCCGGUUUGCCAAGGUUCUCCCGCCGCGCGCGAAAGGCGAGCGGACGUGUGCAUGCUUUUUGAGGGUGGUUCACUCGGAUGACGGACGUCUGUCGAUCAUUGGCUGCGUCGAGCACACGGGCCAUCGAUUGGGCACGCCGAUGUUGAGGCUUUCCCCAAACGAGCGCGACGCGCUGGACGACUAUUUGUACACGAUGGAUGCGAACGCGGCGCUCGAGGUGAUGAUGGACCGUUUGCGAGAACUCGAAGGCAUCACCUCCCCCAGCUACACGCCAAAACCGAGGUGCGACGAUUUCCACCUCCAAUUUGUCUAUGCCCCAACGGAGCGUGAAUCACUUCGGCAAUUUUUGACGGAUACGAAAAGGUACCCAGAUGGAACAAUAUUCGGUUUUGACGACCAAGAAGCCGCUUCCGAAUUUUCCCUUUCCUUCGGCUACAUGGAUGAACACAUGGAAAAUCUGUGGAGAUCCCAGGCCCACAAGGGCGUUUGCUUUGAAGAGUUCAACCUGGCCCUGGGAAAUUGGAAGCUGCGCAUCACGCUGACGCUGGUGUUUGACGACGACAGGAACGUACGCGUGGCUGCUCUGUACGUCAGCGACCGCCCGGACUUGAAGCCGUUGAUGGAUAAGCUGGCGGCAGUCUGGACCGGCGAGAUCAAGACGUUCGUCAUGGACAGCCCGCAGCGUUCCUUGCAGCUGAUCAAGGACCACUUCUCGACGGAGGGCCAACCCGUCGCCGUCAAGUACGCCGAGUGGCAUCUACUCUCCGAUUGGGCCGCCACGCUCGAGCAGCUGGUCACGAAGCGCGUCGACAAAUACAGCAUCCUCUGCGUUCUACGUCGGCUUUUGCACACCGACGACGUCACGGCGUUCGACCAGACCGUCAGCGAGCUGUUCGAGGGGCUGAGGGAGAUGCAGCUGGACGAGAUUGCCCACUUCUUCGACAACCUCUUCGACCCGGAGUUCAUCGGCUUCUGGUCACCACUCGGGCAAGACGACCUGUUCGGCUACGCGAAUCCGACGUUGGAGUAUGCUUGCAGAAUGCUACGCGACCGCUACAUAGCUUGCGACCAGUGCAGCCGCAUCGACGAGUACGUUGGAUUCCUGAUUGCCCGGCUCGUUGAGUAUAAUGAGAGCGAGAUUUUGCCGCUCGUCUCAUCUCGUGCUCCAGAAACCUUGGCACCUGAUCAAGGCGACGAGGACGAGUGGGGUGAUAGACAAAGAAUUACUCCAAAUGGCGUCCCGAUGCAUACCGGAAAUGCUGACCGGCUUCACCCUGGCACCUUUGAAGAAAUUGUUGUGGGCAGAGGGAGCUCGAACCAGAUGGAGCAUUCUAAUAACAACGAUCAAGAGCUGCAAAAGACGCCUGUUGACACCGAUCUCCCUGCCCUCGAACGGGUCCAACUUGUCGAGGAGGUGGUGGAGGAGGAGAUUGAGCUCUCCGAGGAGCAGGCUCAGCUUUUCGAGAAGCUCGUGUUCGACGGCCAGCUCAACCCCGAGGAGCAAGAGCGGCUUUUCCUGCAGCUCGCCGGGGUCAGGGAGGCCGACUUUGUUUUGUCGAGGGAUCCAGCCGUCACCCAACGAAGUUCAUCUACU